AUGUGGUUGCUGCAGUUUAUCCUGCUCUGUCUUCCACUCUCUCUGGUUUUGAGUGACCAGCAUAGACCCGAGGCACCAGCUAAUCCUGGUGUGCUCCGCUGUGGGUCACACAGCUUUCAGUUUGCUAUAAACCUUUCCAGCCAGGAGGCAGCGACUCCUCCUGUGCUGAUAGCUUGGGACAACCAGGGGCUGGCACGCAGGCUGCAGAAUGACUCUGACUGUGGCAUCUGGGUCAGGGAGGGCCCGGGCAGCUCCGUGGAUUUGGAGGCCACCUACAGCGGCUGCUAUGUCACAGAGUGGGACUCCAACUAUAUCAUGGCAGUUGGAAUUGAAGGAGCGGACGUGGCAGGACACAAGCCGGUUAUAGAGAAGAAGCUGCUCAGGUGUCCUGUAGGUCUCCCAGCCCUAGAUGCCCCGGGUGCUGACCGGUGUGACUCUAUCCCAGCGUGGGACAGGUUGCCAUGUGCACCCUCACCCAUCUCUCCAGGGGACUGUGAGGAGCUAGGCUGUUGCUACAGCUCUGUGAAUUCCUGCUACUAUGGAAACACGGUGACCUUGCACUGUACCCGAGAGGGCCACUUCUCCAUCGCUGUGUCUCGGAACAUGACCUCGCCCCCUCUGCUCUUGGAUUCUGUGCACUUGACCUUCAGGAAUGAUGGUGAAUGUAACCCUGUGACAGCAACACACGCCUUUGUCCUAUUCCGGUUUCCAUUUACUUCCUGUGGUACCACAAGACAGAUCACUGGAGACCAAGUAACGUAUGAAAACGAGCUGGUUGCAACUAGGGAUGUGAAACGUGGGAGCCUUGGCUCUAUCACCCGUGACAGCAUCUUCAGGCUCAGAGUCAGCUGCACCUACUCCGUUAGUAGCAACUCUCUCCCAGUUGACGUCCAAAUAUUUACUCUCCCACCACCACUUCCUGAGACCCAGCCUGGACCUCUCACUCUGGAACUUCAGAUAGCCAAAGAUAAAAACUAUAGCUCCUACUACACUGUUGGUGACUACCCGGUGGUGAAGUUACUCCGGGAUCCCAUUUAUGUGCAGGUCUCCAUUCUUCACAGAACGGACCCCUACCUCGGGCUGCUUCUCCAUCAGUGUUGGGCAACGCCCAGCACAAACCCCCAGAGUCAGCCACAGUGGCCCAUCCUGGUAAAGGGAUGCCCCUACACUGGAGACAACUAUCAGACCAAGCGGAUCCCUGUUCAGAAAGUCUUAGAGGUGCCGUUUCCCUCUCACCACCAGCGUUUCAGCAUUUUCACCUUCAGCUUUCUGGACUUUGCAGCAGCAAAGCCGGCUCUUGGAGGACUGGUGUAUCUGCACUGCAGUGUGUCAGUCUGCCAGCCUGCUGAGACACCAUCCUGUGAGACAACCUGCCCUGUUGCCAGCCGAAGAAACUCUGGUAUCUAUCUUCACAACAGUACUGCUAGUGUUUCUAGCAAGGGCCCCAUGAUUCUACUCCAAGCCAUGAAGGACCCUUCAGAAAAGCUCCGUGCUCCAGUAGAUUCAAAAGCUCUGUGGGUGGCAGGCCUUUCUGGGACCUUGAUUGUUGGAGUCUUGUUAAUAUUCUACGUGGCUAUCAGGAAACGGAGAUGA